UGAUCCACUGUGAGAGACUGAAGGGUGGGUUUUUCCUGUUCGCUCUCUUCUUCGAUUCCCUUGGCUGAGGCGAAACUCCCAAAGGAAACAAAGGACGGACACAGAGACAGGAUGGGUGAGGGUCAGGAGUUGUUCAUUUACAGCUUCGUGGCCAGAGGGACCAUGAUCUUGGCGGAGUACACGGAGUUCACGGGCAAUUUCCCUGCCAUCGCAUCUCAGUGUCUUCAGCGCCUCCCUUCCUCCAACAACAAAUUCACUUACAACUGCGAUCACCACACCUUCAACUUCCUUGUCGAAGAUGGCUACGCAUAUUGUGUAGUCGCCAAAGAUUCUGCAGGGAAGCAAGUCUCCAUAGCCUUCUUGGAACGAAUGAAAGCAGACUUUAAAAAGAGAUAUGGUGGAGGUAAAGCUGAUACUGCCAUAGCCAAAAGUCUCAACAAGGAAUUCGGACCUGUUAUGAAAGAGCAUAUGCAAUAUAUCACUGACCAUGCUGAAGAGAUUGGGAAACUUUUAAAAGUGAAGGCUCAAGUUUCAGAAGUUAAAAGCAUUAUGCUUGAAAAUAUUGACAAGGCUCUUGAUAGAGGUGAGAAGCUAGAUAUUCUUGCUGAUAAGGCAGAAGAUUUGCGUUCUCAGGCACAAAAUUUUAAGAAACAAGGAACAAAAAUCCAGCGAAAAAUGUGGUAUAAGAAUAUGAAAAUCAAAUUGGUUGUUCUAGGGAUCCUCUUACUUCUAGUCCUGAUCAUCUGGGUUUCUAUUUGCCAUGGUUUUGACUGCACUAAUUAAUGUUUCUUAAGCAUUCAAUUGGACCAUACAAGCAUACAAUUCUGGAUUGAUGCAAGCAGAUAUUCAAUCAAAAUGACUGAAUUCAGUGGGGCAGGGCAGAAAUUUGGUUUUGGAGGAAAAGUUCUUUAUGCCAUUCUUUUUUAACUCUCAUAUAGCAGAAUUCCAUUGGAGGCAUCAGUUUUGUGUGAGAUUUAUUUGGUGGAGUCAGCUGGUUGGGUCUGUUUCAGUUCCUUUUCUUUGUUUCGCUUUUGAAAACAAAAUACUUAAUGUAAUGUGGUAGCUCUGCAGCGAUAUGUUGAGAGUUUGUCUGGUAAAGGACAUUUUGUUUUUACAGGAAAGCUAAGCUAAUUUAUUGGACCAUUGUUUAUGUAACUCUACAUAAAUUCCAAUUGUGGAGUUAGAAAGACCUUUUCCUCUGU